UCCCGAAAAAAGAUCGUGUUUCCAGCACGCACAGCUCUCAUUGCCUUAAUUUGCUCGGAAAGCGUAAACAAUGAUCCGAGUCCUCCUGUUGGCGGUCAGCCUGGUGGCAAUGGCGUCUUGUGACUGGGCAGCUCGAGGAUCCAGCCUCCACGUCCCAUUCGAUGUGCAUCUGCGACUGCCAAAGAUCAACAUCUUUGACCAGUCGACUUUGAAAUUAGAAGCAAAGAGGAGUGAGGCGGUGAGCGAGGAAGAGCGGGACGAAGUGCUGUGGACGAGUGAGUGCUCACCGCGGGUGGCGGGUGUUCGGCGUGGUCAGGACGCUCGCCUUCAGUGUGAGGUGGUCGCCCCCACAGGCUCUGUCCUUACGUGGUACAAGAACGGCGUGCCACUGCACCGAGAGGGUGCCCAAGUCGAGGUAGGUUCCACGCCCCAAGCACUUAUGGAAGAGGCGACCAACAUGCUGGGUCUGGAGGAGGAGCUGUCCUCAACGGCGUCCGCUUCUGCCUCCGUCCUGCAACUCUCUUCCGUCGUCUAUUUGGACUGCGUCUCCAACCAACACCAGUCUGUUAGAAUAAAAAUGGGAUCAUCCAGCUAUACUUGA